GCUGUUUGUAUCCAUUGAGGAGCUGCCUCGCGCAGGGGGUGUGCGAGGCUGAGUCCAAGGGAUAGUGAGCAAAUCGAGUCUUAAAUAAUCCGGGGAGAAAGACGCCCGGGUAGAUUUGAGGUGCAGCCUUGGAGGGAGGGAUUAGGAGCCGCUAGACUUUUUUUCCUCCCCUCUCAGUAGCACGGAGUCCGAAUUAACUGGAUUUCAUUCACUGGGGAGGAACAAAAACUGUCUGGGCAGCUUCAUUGAGUGAGAUUCAUUGACACUAACAGCCAGCGGCUGCAGCUGGGUGCAGAGAGAACCUCCGGCUUUACUUCUGUCUCGUCUGCCCCAACCGCUAGCCUCGGCUUGGGUAAGGCGAGGCGGAAUUAAACCCAGCUCGGAGAGCGGCAGCUUCGCGCGCGGUGCGCUCGGUCUAUGCCUGCCCCGAGGGGCGUCUGGUAGGCACCCCGCCCUCUCCCGCAGCUCGACCCCCAUGAUAGAUACGCUCAGACCCGUGCCCUUCGCGUCGGAAAUGGCGAUCAGCAAGACGGUGGCGUGGCUCAACGAGCAGCUGGAGCUGGGCAACGAGCGGCUGCUGCUGAUGGACUGCCGGCCGCAGGAGCUGUACGAGUCGUCGCACAUCGAGUCGGCCAUCAACGUGGCCAUCCCGGGCAUCAUGCUGCGGCGCCUGCAGAAGGGCAAUCUGCCGGUGCGCGCGCUCUUCACGCGCGGCGAGGACCGGGACCGCUUCACCCGGCGCUGUGGCACCGACACAGUGGUGCUCUACGACGAGAGCAGCAGCGACUGGAACGAGAAUACGGGCGGCGAGUCGGUGCUCGGGCUGCUGCUCAAGAAGCUCAAGGACGAGGGCUGCCGGGCGUUCUACCUGGAAGGUGGCUUCAGUAAGUUCCAAGCCGAGUUCGCCCUGCAUUGCGAGACCAAUCUAGACGGCUCGUGUAGCAGCAGCUCGCCGCCGUUGCCAGUGCUGGGGCUCGGGGGCCUGCGGAUCAGCUCUGACUCUUCUUCGGACAUCGAGUCUGACCUUGACCGAGACCCCAAUAGUGCAACAGACUCGGAUGGCAGUCCGCUGUCCAACAGCCAGCCUUCCUUCCCAGUGGAGAUCUUGCCCUUCCUCUACUUGGGCUGUGCCAAAGACUCCACCAACUUGGACGUGUUGGAGGAAUUCGGCAUCAAGUACAUCUUGAACGUCACCCCCAAUUUGCCGAAUCUCUUUGAGAACGCAGGAGAGUUUAAAUACAAGCAAAUCCCCAUCUCGGAUCACUGGAGCCAAAACCUGUCCCAGUUUUUCCCUGAGGCCAUUUCUUUCAUAGAUGAAGCCCGGGGCAAGAACUGUGGUGUCUUGGUACAUUGCUUGGCUGGCAUUAGCCGGUCAGUCACUGUGACUGUGGCAUACCUUAUGCAGAAGCUCAAUCUGUCGAUGAACGAUGCCUAUGACAUUGUCAAAAUGAAAAAAUCCAACAUAUCCCCUAACUUCAACUUCAUGGGUCAGCUGCUGGACUUCGAGAGGACGCUGGGACUCAGCAGCCCGUGUGACAACCGGGUUCCAGCACAGCAGCUGUAUUUUACCACCCCUUCCAACCAGAAUGUCUACCAGGUGGACUCUCUGCAAUCUACGUGAAAGACCCCACACCCCUCCUUGCCGGAAUGUGUCUGGCCCUUCAGCAGUUUCUCUUGGCAGCAUCAGCUGGGCUGCUUUCUUUGUGUGUGGCCCCAGGUGUCAAAAUGACACCAGCUGUCUGUACUAGACAAGGUUACCAAGUGCGGAAUUGGUUAAUACUAACAGAGAGAUUUGCUCCAUUCUCUUUGGAAUAACAGGACAUGCUGUAUAGAUACAGGCAGUAGGUUUGCUCUGUACCCAUGUGUGCAGCCUACCCAUGCAGGGACUGAGAUUCGAGGACUUCCAGGCACAUAGGGUAGGACCAAAUGAUAGGGUAGGAGCAUGUGUUCUUUAGGGCCUUGUAAGGCUGUUUCCUUUUGCAUCUGGAACUGACUAUAUAAUUGUCUUCAAUGAAGACUAAUUCAACUUUGCAUAUAGAGGAGCCAAAGAGAGAUUUCAGCUCUGUAUUUGUGGUAUCAGUUUGGAAAAAAAAAUCUGAUACUCCAUUUGAUUAUUGUAAAUAUUUGAUCUUAAAUCACUUGACAGUGUUUGUUUGAAUUGUGUUUGUUUUUUCUUUUGAUGGGCUUAAAAGAAAUUAUCCAAAGGGAGAAAGAGCAGUAUGCCACUUCUUAAAACAGAACAAAACAAAAAAAGAAAAUUGUGCUCUUUUCUAAUCCAAAGGGUAUAUUUGCAGCAUGCUUGACUUUACCAAUUCUGAUGACAUCUUUAUGGACACUAUUAUCACUAAGACCUUGUUAUGGCGAAGUCUUUAGUCUUUUUCAUGUAUCUUCCUCAUGAUUUUUUUCUCUUUAUAUAGUUUGACUAUGCCUUACCUUUGUAAAUAUUUUGGCUUGUGUUGUCGCAAAGGGGAUAAUCUUGGAAAGACACCAAAUCAUGGGCUCACUUUAAAAAAAGAAAAAAAAAAACCUUCAGCUGUGCUAAACAGUAUAUUACCUCUGUAUAAAAUUCUUCAGGGAGUGUCACCUCAAAUGCAAUACUUUGGGUUGGUUUCUUUCCUUUAAAAAAAUUUGUAUAAAACUGGAAGUGUGUGUGUGAGCAUGGGUACCCAUUUGAUAGGAGAAAUGCAUUUGAUUGUGAAGAAGGGAGAGUUAAAUUGCUCCAUUAUGUUCGUGGUGUAAAGUUUUGAGCUGGAAUUUAUUAUAAGAAUGUAAAACCUUAAAUUAUUAAUAAAUAACUAUUUUGGCUAUUGAA